CCAUCUCCUACGCUUCUCAUCAGAAGUAACCAUGAGCAACAACGUCGAAACAGAUUCAUGGGGAACGAUCCUAGUCACAGGAGGUGGGGGUUUUCUAGGAUCUCAUAUCGUUGAGGCCUUUGCCGCCAUGCCCAAAGUCCAUCAAGUCAUUAUGACCGGCCGGAAUCGGAAGAAAUCGCGUAAAUAUAUACCUAAGGUUAAGUUUGAGCUUUGCGACAUCACAGAUUUCGACAAGACGAAGGAGAUUUUAGCACGCUUCCAGCCAAAAGUAAUUAUCCAUACGAUAUCACCAGGACCGUUUGCGACGAAGGAAAUCCAACUUGAGGUCAACUACGCCGCAACAAAGCAUCUACUCGAGGCGGCAAAACAAGACGCUGGCGUUCAGGCUUUCAUUUACACCAGCUCCAUUGAGGCGUGCUCCUCCGCUCUGGGCCACAUUAGCAGUCCGCUCAGAGAGGACGAGGCGCGUGUAAACAACCUCAAAUCUAAAGACUACUGGUACUGCCGAACGAAAGGUGCCGCGGAUACCUUGGUCCGCGAGGCGAACUCCCCAAAGCCGAACGGUGCAAAAGACUGGGGAGAUUAUCUACUCACAGUGUGUCUACGCACUCCUGGUCUUUACGGCCCCCGCGAUAGCACUAUUGUGCCUGCCAUGCUAGCGAUGGUCAAUACUGCAGGCGCACGCAUGCAAUACGGUCCGGACACCACCGUUCACGAAUGGCUGUACAUCGAAAAUGCAGUGCUGGCGCACGUCUUGGCUACAAGGAAAUUGCUGGGAGAUCCCCACGGAGUUUGCGGCGAAGCAUUCUUCAUCACGGAUGGAACACCCAUGAAAUUCCAUCAGUUCACACGGGCAAUCUUCAAGGAAGCAGGGGACAGGAACAUGAACAGCCAAAACCCAAAGUUCAUCGUCAUCCCGUUCUGGCUGCUGUUCCCAUUGCUAGCAGUCUGGGAAUGGGUUUACCGCAUUGCAACACUCUGCCGCAAAUGGCCGUAUGUUUCACGACAGAACUUCUUGUAUAUUCGUAAAGGCAUUAGGAUAUCAAUCGAGAAAUCGAGAGAGAGGCUAGGAUAUGAACCGAAGGUGACAACGGAGGAAGGUAUAUGCAGAACUGUGGCGUGGUUCAAGAGAAAUGGGGCUAAAAAGCUAAAUUGA